AAGAGGCUUAAGAGCUCAGAAGAAGUACACAUUCACUUCUAAAACCCAAAAGCCUAAGAGACAAUUUGCAAAUUAGCGGAAGAUUAAAAGAUGGCCAGGAUCCUUGAGACAACCGUGGAGCUAAAAUCUUCGCCCGGGAAGUUCCUUGACAUGUUUGUAGGGAAACAACAAUUCGAAGUCUCCAGUAUAUGUCCAUCCUACAUUCAAGGCUGCGAGCUGCGCGAAGGCGAAAUGGGCCAAGUUGGUUCUAUCGUGGUCUGGAGAUACGUUCAUGAUGGGGAGGCAAAAAUGAUAAUGGAGAUAAUAGACUCAAUAGAUCUGGAGAACAACCAGGUGACGUUCAAGGUGCUAGACGGUGAUUUAAUGAAAGAGUACACUCUUUUCUUGAUCACCUUACAAGUGACCUCAAAGGAGGGAGGUGUUGGAAGUGUUGCACAUUGGCACUUUCAAUACGUGAAAAUUAACGAGAAGGUGGCUGACCCUGAGUCUCUCCUCCAGUUUGCCGUCGAGGUAUCCAAAGAGAUCGAUGCACAUCUCUUUUCCUGGUAAUAGAGGAAAUUUCUCUUGUAUCAAUCAUAUUAUAUAUCGAUAUGUAUAUUUGUGUGUUUGCCUUUAAGUUCAGUCUUUAAAAGUGCUGUAAAAUAAGGACUAAGGAACCGCCUUGUCCGAGUUGCUGAAAGAGUUGUGUGUUAUGAGUGUAUGGAAGUUGUUACUUAGGCUACUCGAUAUUUAUGUAUGAAAUGUUUGAUAAUAAUAAAAGCAUAUUAUAGCAUAUGUUUAAAUGAAUUCGUUAAGCAUCGCGCUUUCUGCUUCGUGACAAGAUGAAUAUAAGAAAAGAGCACCACUGAAGAAUAACAAAUGAACCGUGAUGAAAGUUUACAAACAGGAAGAAGGGGAACGUAGAGAAUUCAGAAAAAGAGCUUAAGUGAUUCUCCUGAGUCCUGAUCAUGCAAAGAUAUAAAUAUUUAUAAGAUAUGUAAUUUAUAAUAAUCAAUAAUGUUUUGUUUAUUUUAUAAGUUUUAGAUCGUUUUGUACAUAUGGGACCACGUUGUAUGCACAUUUACAUAUUGCAGUGCUCACAUAUUUUAUGGCUUACAUAUAGAUUCAUAUGGUAGAAAAGCUAUAUUCACAAUUUAGCAAAAAAAAGAAAAGUUAUCGUACAAGCGUUAACUCCACUUCUAUUUGGGUGGGUUAGGUUGGACAGGUUGGGCUUUCUUAAAUCCAUUUCUAUUU